UACUGAGGUUGCACACUCUGGCUUGAUGGAGUGAGGAGCGCGGUAGAGACAGUUACGGAGGACUUUUGUGAAUUUUCAGAUUCGGAACAUGAACUACAUAUCAAAAAGACAUCGGCCCAUAGAUUCAGCUAGACCAGUUCAAUAUUAAAGUGAACAGAGCAAACGGUAAUUUCAGAGGUUUUCAUGCAUACCUUCAUAUAAAGCCAAUGUAAUAUCUGUCUUAUUUCAAAACUGUUUCACCGAAGUCCUGGAAUUUGUUGAUUCUCUAUCAAUUUUCCUCCCUUUCUAUUCAUUACAUUUGAGGCUCCGAAUGUUUCCAUUGCCUCUGCUACAAGGACUGUGGUAAUUUGGAACGGCAUUUGAUAGCCACUGGACUUGAUUCAUCGCGGAGUUUUUGACUCCUCGUCAUGGGGUACAGUGGACAAACUGCUAGAAGUGGAAGAAGAGGAGUCGCGGGAUACCUAUUGAAGAUGAUCACCAUAUUUUUGUUUUUUCUAAUUGCCCUCGUGGAUAUCGGAGCUUCUCAAGUGAGAGAUGAUGAUGACUACAUGGGAUUGGGUGAUCUGCCAGAGACCUUCCCCUCGGACCCUCCGGAGCCCCUCCCAGUGUUCCUGAUGGAGCCCGAGGAGGCGUACAUUGUCAAGAACAAACCUGUCAAUCUCUACUGCAAGGCCACUCCCGCCACUCAGAUCUACUUCAAAUGCAACAGCGAGUGGGUCCACCAGAAAGAACACACCGUAGAGGAGAGGGUGGACGAGAACUCGGGAUUGGUGGUGCGAGAGGCCAGUAUUGAGAUCACACGGCAGCAAGUAGAGGAGCUGUUUGGACCAGAGGACUUCUGGUGUCAGUGUGUUGCCUGGAGCUCUGCAGGGACCACCAAGAGUCGCAAGGCACACGUCCUCAUCGCGUAUCUCAGGAAGACGUUUGACCAGGAGCCUCUGGGAAAGGAAGUGUCUCUAGAACAGGAAGUGCUUCUUCAAUGCCGCCCCCCAGAAGGAAUCCCUGCUGCUGAGGUGGAGUGGCAGAAGAAUGAGGAGAUCAUAGACCCUGCUGAUGACCGUAACUUCUACAUCACCAUCGACCAUAACCUGAUCAUCAAACAGGCCAGACUGUCUGACACAGCUAACUACACAUGUGUCGCCAAGAACAUCGUCGCUAAGAGACGGAGCACCACGGCAACUGUCAUUGUUUAUGUGAAUGGUGGCUGGUCAACGUGGACAGAGUGGACGGUGUGUAACAGUCGCUGUGGCCGUGGCUACCAGAAGCGUACGCGGAGCUGCACCAACCCAGCACCUCUCAACGGCGGCGCCAUCUGUGACGGGCAAGGCAUUCAGAAGCUGGCAUGUAACCCACUGUGCCCAGUGGAUGGUCUGUGGACAGAGUGGAGUAAAUGGUCCACGUGUGGGACAGAGUGUACCCAUUGGAGGAGGAGGGAGUGCAGCGCCCCAGCGCCCAAAAAUGGUGGGAAGGACUGUGAGGGCAUGGUGCUUCAGUCCCAGAACUGCACCGAUGGCCUGUGUAUGCAGAGUUCCUUAUAUCAGAAGUCCUCUGAAUUCAACAAAGACAAGAUUGAUUUGGGAUAUCCAUCUGCCCCCAGUACAGAUGAUGUGGCACUGUACGUAGGCGUCGUCAUCGCUGUGAUCAUGUGUCUGGUCAUCUCCGUCAUCGUGGCGCUGUUCGUCUACAGGAAGCACCAUCGCGACUUUGACUCUGACAUCAUAGACACCUCGGCCCUCUACGAGGGUUUCCAGCCCGUUAGCAUCAAGACGGCUCGAACAGCUGACCUUCUGACAACACCCCCUGACCUGACCUCUGCUGCCGCCAUGUACCGCGGUCCGGUCUACGCCCUCCAUGACGUCGCAGACAAGAUUCCCAUGACCAACUCCCCCCUCUUGGACCCCCUUCCCAACCUGAAGAUCAAGGUGUACAACUCCUCUGGUCUGGUCACCCCCUCUGAGGACCUGUCUGAAUUCUCCUCCAAGCUGUCCCCUAAGCUGCCCCACUGCCUGCUGGAUGGGGACACCAUGGGGAGGAGGACCCAGACCCAGACCCUGCUCCGUACCGGCACCAGGGACCCCUCCUGUACCGCUCUGGGCUCCUUCAACUCCAUGGGUGGACACCUCAUUGUCCCCAACUCAGGGGUGAGUCUCCUAGUUCCAGCGGGGGCUGUCCCACAGGGUAGAGUGUAUGAGAUGUAUGUGACCGUUCACAGGAAGGACAGCAUGAGACCCCCAGUCGAUGACUGCCAGACAGUGCUGAGUUCAGUGGUGAGCUGUGGCCCCCCAGGGGCCCUCCUGACUCGCCCAGUCAUCAUCACCAUGCACCACUGUGCUGAGGCCGAUAGUGAUUCAGCCGAGGAUUGGCUGAUCCAGCUCAAGAGCCAAUCACAGCAGGCCCAGUGGGAGGAGGUGGUGGUGGUAGGAGAGGAGAACUUCACCACUCCCUGUUACAUCCAGAUGGAUGAGGAGGCAUGUCACAUCCUGACAGAGACCCUAGGGACAUACUGCCUGGUGGGCCAGUCCUGCAGCGCGGCCACCACCAAGAGACUGAAACUGGCCAUCUUCGGCCCCGUCACCUGCCCCGCCCUUGAGUACCACAUUAGAGUUUACUGCCUGGAUGACACACAGGACUCAUUCAAAGAGGUUUUGCAGAUGGAGAAACAGAUGGGAGGGAAACUCCUGGACGAACCAAAGACACUCAACUUCAAGGACAGCACCCACAACCUGCGACUGUCCAUCCACGAUGUCCCACACACACUGUGGAAAAGCAAGCUACUAGCCAAGUACCAGGAGUUGUCAUUCCAGCAGGUGUGGUCUGGGUCCCAGAGGAACCUCCACUGUACUUUCACCCUGGAGAGGUUCUGUCCCAGCACCGUCAACCUGGCCUGUAAGCUGUGUGUUCGACAGGUGGAGGGGGAGGGACAGAUCUUCCAGCUCGACACCACCCUCUCAGAGGACACCCAGAGUAUCGACACGUCUCUGCUGGACCCAGCCAGUAACAUCACAACCCUGGUGGGGCCCAAUGCCUUCCGCAUUCCCCUCUCCAUCAGACAGAAGCUCUGUGGCAGCCUGGACGCCCCACAGAACCGAGGAAACGACUGGAGGAUGCUGGCACACAAACUGAACCUGGACAGGUAUUUGAAUUACUUUGCCACUAAAUCCAGUCCUACGGGGGUGAUUCUGGACCUUUGGGAGGCCCAACACUUCCCUGACGGGAACCUCGGCCGCCUGGCUGCCGUGCUGGAGGAGAUGGGUCGCCAUGAGAACCUCGUGCUCAUGGCAACAGACCACUGACACCCGUCCUUCAAAGAACAGGAAGUUCCAGGGAGGAGUAAGAGAUGAGUCACAGAGAAAAGAGAGAGAGGAACACAGGACAGGCAGAAAUACAGGACAGGCAGAGCAAGACCUCUCUUCCAUCAGAGAACACACAUCCAUAGAGACACACACACAAACAUACACAAAAAUAUAAACGCAACAUGCAACAAUUUCAUAGGUUUUGUGAGUUACAGUUCAUAUAAGGAAAUCAGUCAAUUGAAAUAAACUCAUUAGGCCCUAAUCUAUGGUAUACAUGUACAUUUUAGAGUGACUUUUGAUUGUCCCCAGCACAAGGUGCACCUGUGUAAUGAUCAUGCUGUUUAAUCAACUUCCUGAUAUGCUACACAUGUCAGGUGAAUGGACUAUCUUUCCAAAGGCAAAAUGCUCACUAACAGGAAUGUAAACACAUUUGUGCAGAAAAUUUAGAGCGAAAUAAGCUUUUUGUGCAUAUGGAACAUUUCUGGGAUCUUUUAUUUCAGCUCAUGAGAAAUGAGACCAACACUUUACAUGUUGCGUUUAUAUCUUGUUCAAUAUACUUAGCAUAGCCCCGCUCCACUUUCAAUAUAUUGAACUAGGAUGUUAGUGAGCCCUGUCUGUACUCUCUCUGGUACAGUUUUCUUUACCUUGAUACAGUUUCCUAGGAAACGCUUGAUAGUUCUGUCCAUAUAUUGGAUGACCUCAUGGACGUCUCUCUGUGGUGACAGACUGGCUCAGAGCAGAGGAACAUGGGAAGGGGUGUGGCCAGAGGGAGUGGGGAAGGCCCCUCCCACUUCAACUGCCCUAUGUGUCCUCAUGGUAACUCCUGGAACCAACAAUACUGUUUCAGGACUCGUCAACAUUUCUAAUGAAAGAACUUGUUUCGGUGACUAUAUACAUCUGUAUUUAACACAUCUAUUUAUACACAAAUAUGUCUCCUGUAUUUUAUGCAGUCUAAUAUUGAUUACUUUAGGCUGCGUUUACACAUAGCCAUCUUUUGACCAAUCAGAUCUUUUCACAGCAGAUCUUUUUCAGAGCUGAUCUGAUUGGUCAAAAGACAAAUUUGUAAAACAAUAUCAGAAUUGAGCUGCCCGUGUAAACAUAGCCUUGGAGUUCUCUUGUGUUCCCUUUCUUUUCAUUGUGUCAACGUGCCCCCUGGUGGAUUCUCUUGUUAAUGACGCCUACUGUACAGUCACUGAAACAAAGCCAGUAGAACAACCUGUACAUAAGCAGAACAUUGAAAACUCUAACCUUUUACAGUGUUAGUAAGACUGUCAUCAUUAAUAUUAACUGUUGUCAUUCCUGUUGUGUAUUAUUAUUGUUUUACAAUUAUUUUUUGUUACUUUCUAUUCUUCAAUUAUUUACAAUUUGCCUAUUUAAUUUGAAAAGUAUAUAUUUUGGUUUAGAUUGCGUUAUCAAGUGUUGGUUUAUUAGCCCAUAAAACCAAUGAUGCUGAUAGAUGGAACUGUUUGAGAGGUCAGUGAGAGGUCAUUCAAUCAAAGGUCAAAGUUCAGUAGUUAUCGCUCACUGCAUGCCAGUCAGCAUAGUAGGGUCAUCACUGUCUGGCCAAGUUACAAAAUCAGAAGUUCUAAAAUGUAGCUUCUUACAAUCAGAUUUUGAACCUAGCCCUAACCUUAACCUCACUGGUAACCUUAUACCUAACCCUAACCUUAAAUCGAGACAAAAAAGUUUAUUUUCAUAAAUGUUUCCAAUAUAGACAAAUUUGACUGACUUUGCAGGUUGGUCAUCAAGUGGGAACCGUAUAAUGGAGAAUCUCAAUCUGCUCUCAUCAUGUAUGGUCCUCUGAUGAUGACCUCAUUCAUAUGAGACAGAACCAGGGUAGUGGAAGAGAUGCGAGUCUGUCUCUCAAGGUGGAAGAUGGGUCAUUUGUUGAUAGACAAAUAUAUUUUUUCUUAGGACUGAUGCAGCCUGAUACGAUUGUCUUUUUACCAAAUAAUUGACAUAAUAUUAUGUACAAUUCCACACAAGCGUUCUCUUUCAUCAGGUCAAAAUACGUGCCAUUUGAUUGUUUCGCACCAAGUUACUGAAUGACAGUUGCUGUUGACGUUGAGCGGGGGGAAUAGAAAUAGGUGAAAUAAUGGGAAAUGUUAUGCAUUAUCUAUUUAUUUCUAUUUGAAAUGGGAAAUUCAGUAUAAGGAUUGUAUGAUAGCAUAUGUGUAAAAUAAUUGAAGAUAACUGUCAACAAAACAUUCCUUUACAGCGGCAGUACUGGCGACAGUCAUUUGAUUAGUUUUGGUUCAAAUAAUUUUGUCUUGACAGUUGGGAAUUUUUCUAAAGCCGUCUAUGCAAACUUUGCAUUCUUUAUAAACAAAAUGUAGGUUCUGAAAAGUGCUAGCUGUUGCAUUCCAUCGUUCUCCUGAGGCUUCAUGGGUAAUAUUGUAUAGUGGGAACGUAGCUAAUUCUUGUUCUGACUCUCAUGUUACUUGCAAAUGCUUGCAUUUCCUCUGUCAAGUUCCUGUACAAAGUGUAAGAAAUAAUUUUUAAAACUAAUAAUAAAUUAUAUUUAUAUGCAACACUGAA